CGCGGGCCACCUUCCCUCCGUGUGCUCUGUCACCGGGCACUGAGCAGAGACCCCGGGCUGCGGCUGCACUCGCCGAGUACCUCUCACCCCCACCACAGCCCCGAGGCGCUCGGCACCUGGAGCUUACUGGAGCUGGGGGUCCGAGCUGAGAGGGCUACUUGCUGUAAAGCCGCAAGACGACUCAGUGAUUGGGACUGAGACCUCUGUCCUGCUGGAGGCGGCGAGAAGAGGCACCGGCACAGAACUGUCCAGCUCCUAGCGCUGGGGUCCGCUGGCCGGCUGGGAAGGCAGCUGAGCGCGGAGGCGAGUGAGUGGACACAUCCCGGGGUCUCUGCAGCCCCUACUGCCCCAAGGCACCGACUCUCGGUCAGUUCUGCGCGGCCGGGCGGGAGGGGCGUGCCAUGGAUGCGCCGGGUCGCGCCGGUCUGCUGGAGACGAAGUGAGGCGAUCCGAAAGGGGUCGGUGGGACCCGCGGGCCAUGUACGGAGACCUAUUCAACGCCACGGGCGGCCCGGAGGCGGCGGUAGGCAGCGCGCUGGCGCCGGGAGCCACGGUCAAGGCAGAAGGCGCUUUGCCGCUGGAGCUGGCCACUGCGCGCGGUAUGCGGGACGGCGCCGCCACAAAGCCCGACCUGCCCACCUACCUGCUGCUCUUCUUCCUGCUGCUGCUCUCGGUGGCACUCGUCGUCCUCUUCAUCGGUUGCCAGCUGCGCCAUUCGGCCUUCGCCGCGCUGCCCCACGACCGCUCGCUGCGCGACGCCCGCGCGCCCUGGAAGACGCGGCCGGUGUAGUGUGGGACUGAGCCGCCGCUGCCGCCGCCGCCGCCGCCGGGAGGCCCGUCCUGACCACGCCAAGACAGGCGGCUUGAGCUGGAGGGUCCAGUCGGAAAACCUUGGAAGACUGCGCGCCAGCCCCGGCGCAGGAGGCUUGCUCACCGCCUGCUGACUUCUUUACUUGGCACACGGAAGAGACAGGAACCAUGAGCGUGCAACUAGCCUGGAGCUACCUGUCAGGACUCGCCAGCCCUAUGGCUGUCUCCCCACACCUGCUACCGCCUCUCUUGCUCCUUGACACUGAGAAGGACCCCACUAGGAUCCCAGUGGGAACUCACCUGAACUUUGGAAGGUUGGCAAUCUGGGGCCGCAUACCCCGGGGGAAAUGACAGGACAAGGGGCUUCAGUGGAUCCUGCCCAGGUCUAAGGACCCAGUUCCUUAUUUGCGCACGGGCAGUGGGAGGUCGGUGGAGAGGUGCAGGGUCCCACCGCAGUCGGGGAUGCACGUCUCACAUCUUCAUGGGCCGCAUUUCUAUAAUAAAAACUCACCCAGUUAGACCAA